ACCUAUAAAGACUAGAUGGAACCGUGGAACAAUGUGACUUACUUUAUCCUCUUGGGCCUCACGCAGAAUCCAAAGGAGCAGAGAGUCCUUUUUGUUAUGUUUUUACUCUUUUACAUUUUGACCAUGGUGGGCAACAUGCUCAUUGUUCUGACUAUGAUGGUCAGUAAGACCCUGGACUCCCCCAUGUACUUUUUUCUAGCUAGUCUGUCAUUAAUGGAUGUCCUUUAUUCCUCUUCCAUUUCCCCCAGAUUGAUUUCAGACUUGUUCUUUGGGGAAAAUACUAUAUCCUUCAAGUCUUGUAUGACCCAGCUCUUUACAGAGCAUUUUUUUGGUGCAUCAGAGAUCUUUCUUCUGUUGGUGAUGGCCUAUGACUGCUAUGUGGCCAUCUGUAAGCCCUUGCAUUAUUUGGUUAUCAUGAGGCAGCGGGUUUGUGUUGUGCUAUUGGUAGUGUCCUGGGUUGGGGGUUUUCUGCACUCAGUAAUUCAGCUUAGCACUAUUUAUGGGCUCCCAUUCUGUGGUCCCAAUGUCAUUGAUCACUUUAUGUGUGACAUGUACCCCUUAUUGAAACUCAUCUGUACUGACACCUAUCUCAUUGGCAUCUUAAUUGUGGCCAAUGGAGGACUGAUCUGCACUAUUGUGUUUCUGCUCUUACUCAUCUCUUAUGGUGUCAUCUUGCACUCUCUAAAGAACCUUAGUCAGGAGGGGAGGUGGAAAGCCCUCCAGACCUGUGGUUCUCACAUCACUGUUGUUGUCUUCUUCUUUGUUCCCUGUAUUUUCAUGUAUGUAAGACCUGCAGAGACCUUUCCCAUUGACAAAUCAUUGAGCGUGUUUUAUACACUUAUAACUCCCAUGAUGAACCCAUUAAUCUAUACUCUGAGAAAUUCAGAAAUGACUAGUGCUAUGAAGAAGCUCUGGAGAAAAAAAGUCAUAUCAACCAAUAAGUAA